UUAAAAAAGCGGCUUUAAUUACCCCCUUAAUAUAAAAGCAUUAUUGUUCAAAGCUAUUUUUUAGUUCAUCUGAUGCUAGCCAAGUAUUACAAAAACGAAACAAUCGUCAAGGGACAUUUCAGACCAGCAGAUGUGAUAUUGUGUCAUGAUCAAGACUGCUCAAUCAGCUGCCAUUCUUACUAAAUAACCUAGUACUUGAAGUUCUAAAAUUCGCGAAUCUAAUGUAAAAAAAAGCAAUAUACUAUUCCUAUUAGCCGUCCUGUUUUAGUGUACUUUGUUUUUCAUUGUAGCUUACCAAAUAUUUCGUAAUACACUUGUGUUUAUUUAAAAAAAACUAACGCCUUAUUGUCUUAAUUGUCCAGAAAGUCUUUUAUUUCUUUAUCGCUGAUGUUAAUAGAAGCAAUUUAGAUAUACAUCUUGCGCUGGUUAAUUGCGAUCGAGAAAACGGAAAAUUUGAUCAGGAGUAGUGCAGUGUUUAAUGUUUAGAUGACGUGUGUAAUCUUAAGCUUCCCACUUGUCUAUUGAUGACGAUCCGCGCGUAAUGUAUCGCGUCAUACACGAAAAAACGUUUGUUCCAGCACGGGCGCUUGUUCCAGCUCCUUUUACUGGCAUUCUUUCAAGCUGCGGGGGUGUUCAUCUUAGUCUGAUUGCUAUGUUUAACGAUUUAAGGAAAUUUAUUAACAUUACAGGUAUUUACAACUAUGUUCAGAGAAAGUUGGCAUCGACAUUUAUUUACGAUGUGCUCAUCAAUUAAAUGUAAUUGCAUGUAAUUUGUGCGGACACUAAAGAAGGUACAAGUCCACAUCAGUUUAUCAUAAAUUUCAUGAUUGACAUUCUUGCGUAAUUGGCCUUAAUGCUCUACGUCAUGGAGCAUUACCUAUAAAUAAUGCGCGCAUUAGAAAAUAUUCAGAGAUUACAAACAGAUGUGGUUAGUACAGAAAAGCAAGAAAAUGACAAGAUUCGUAGUGUUUUAUAUGAUAUCCCAGGUGUUCAUUGGUCAAUACAUUGUAAAUUCGGUUCUCCUAAACGGAAAAGAAGAGAUUCGCAUCAGAGAUGUAUUAAAAGUCAGUGUUCGUUCUCCCAAGCACGAAGAUGGCACUGACUAUAGAGCACCGUCAAGUAUUUUGGCUGCAGUGAAGAGCUGUUAUUUGCAAGAUGAUUCGAUCUGUCAAAUAGAUGACAACGUGGACAAUAGGUUUCGUUCUACCAUUACGAUAGACGUCGAAUACACAAACAACAGAAUGCAGAUGACAGGAAUUGGCUUUUCCCAAAAAACAAUCCCCAGUCAAGAUAGAAUCCGACGCAGUCUAACGGAAAGGCCCAUUCGCAUCAAAGUUAGAGUUCGCAGAUCAGGACAAGUUGUAAUCCAUAAAAAGAAAGUAAAUAAAACUUCAAAAAUAGAACUGUUAGAAACUCAUAAUUUAAAGAAAACAAAUGGCACGAAUGGAAAAAAUACGUCUGGGAACAGAUAUGUGAAAUUGUGUAAAGUGGGCGGCGUAUGGGUGACCUGUUUAGGAAUAUACACACCCCGACCAACGACAACCUGUCGUAAAGGAUUUAUAUGCCUUGGUAACUUCACUGCAGCAAAGUUCAAAAUACCCGACAGGAACACUGUUAAGAAAUCUUCAAAUCGAAGGAGAAGACAUACAGAUAAAUUUAAUAUUUAUUUUGAGAGGACUUCUCAACUGACAGUUAAAAAAUGUUUGAAGUAUUUCAUAGCUGGAUUAGAAUCGACAACGUCGUAGCCUAUUGUUUGUAUUAUUUUAAGUCUCUUGUAAAUACAUAAAUUAAUUCCAAAGUGUUCAUU